GAGGAAGGGGAGCGGCGGGGCCGGCGCCCCCGGGCCGGUGCGUGGCGGGGGAUGUCACGGGCGGCGGAUCCGUGAGCGGGCGCGGAGCGGCGCGGCCCCGGCGGGCGCGGGGGAGGCUCCAUCGCCGCCUGCCCCGCUGCGCUCCCGGAGCCGCCGGCCCCACCGGCACCGCGGCCGCUUCCCUCUGCGGCCGCCUAUUUCUAAGGGGAAGGAAAAAAAAAAAAAAUUAAUCCCCAAAGCCCAGACAUCGCUGGCGGAGGAGCCUCCAGAAUCGGAGAUUUGGCGACUUUUUUGCAUUUUCCAGCCGUCGUUUCUUUCUGUUAUUAUUGUAAUUUUGUGCGAAAGGAAGUUAUGAACAACUGCAAGUCAGGAAGUGGAAAUCCACACCGGUUGUGACAAGCUGGGGCUAAAAACUAUUUCAUUAUUUAUAUAGAUGUGUCUAUCAACAUUCUGCUUUUCAUCCAAAGAAUAAAGGGAAAUACCGGCUAGUCCAAUGUUUGAUGGUGAAUGACAGACUGCAUCUGAGCAAAGGAAGGACUAAAUAUAUCAGCUAAGAACACCACCUUUAUUUAUUGAACUCAAGAGACUUUUUUUAACCCAAAGACUGUGUGAGCAAGAGAUUUAAUGGGUCAUUAAAAGGGGAAAAAAUUUUUAAAGGCCCUUUUGCUUCUGAAGCGCAGCUAACCUCAAAAAUAGAAGCAGUACUUGUAAGACAGAUAUUCGAAUUAAGGCUUUACAUGAUGAAUUUUCUAUCCUAUGGAUAUCAGUUUUGAAAUUACAAACCAAGAAGAUCUGUAAUUGAUCUAGCACCAGAUAAUUUCAAUGCCUAAUAUUCCCCAGGAUUGCUGGAGUACCCUAGGAGCUGCGUCAGACUGUACUCGGGGUAUGCCAUGGGCUGUAUUCAGAGUAUUAGCUGCAAAUCCAAAGUUUUCCGGGAAAGCAUUUCAGUGAUUGAAGUCAAAGCCUCCAUUGAUCCCAUUCCCACCAGCAUUGACGAGUCCUCCAGCGUGGUGCUGCGCUACCGGACCCCUCACUUCCGAGCCUCCGCGCAAGUGUUGGUGCCCCCUCUUCCCAAGAAGGAGACCUGGAUCGUGGGCUGGAUCCAGGCUUGCAGCCACAUGGAAUUUUACAAUCACUACGGGGACCAGGGAAUGUCAAGUUGGGAGCUUCCAGAUCUACUGGACGGCAAAAUCCAGGCCAUCAGUGACUCAGAUGGAGUGAACUAUCCCUGGUAUGGGAACACCACAGAAACCUGCACCAUCGUGGGUCCCACCAAGAAGGAGUCCAAGUUCAACAUCAGCAUGAACGACAACUUCUACCCGAGCGUGACGUGGGCGGUGCCCGUCAGCGACAGCAACGUGGCCAAGCUCACGAGCAUCCACCGGGAUCAGAGCUUCACCACCUGGCUGGUGGCAACCAACACGGCCACCAACGAGAUGGUGACCUUGCAGACUAUCAAAUGGCGCAUGAGGCUGGGCAUCGAGGUGAACCCCAGCAGGCCCCUGGGGCAGCGUGCCAAGCUGCAGGAGCCCUCUGCUCAAGAGCAGCCCCAGGUCCUCAGCAAGAAUGAGCCAAUACCACCCAGUGCCCUUGUCAAACCCAAUGCCAAUGAUGCUCAGGUACUCAUGUGGAGGCCAAAGGAUGGACCACCACUCGUGGUGAUACCCCCGAAACAUCGAUAAUGCACGCCUGGCGUCCCGGCACCGAAAGGGAGAAAACGAAACCCGAAGCAAAACAAUCACUUAGGUAUUAGGAUACACACGUAUAAUCUGAGCAGAAUCAAAAUGCACUUUUUAUUCAUUCAACAAAUGCAACCAUUCUACCUUCUCCCAUUGGGACGGAUUUCACUGUGCUAAAGCUAAAGAGGAGACCUUGGACUGGGUCUGUCUCGUCACUGGAUUCCUAAGGGAAGAAACUAACACUGAUGUCUACCCUAUAGCUUUUUUUUUUUCUUCCCUACUUUAGUUCCUGUUUGAACUUCAGUCUCACUAGCUUGUCCAGAACUGGCCAGAACAAUAAGAACAUUUUAUUUGGGAUUUUAAGAAUUUUUUUUUUUCUUUUUGGUUGAGAAUGAAACAAAUUCCUGGAGCAAAAAGUUGACUAUUUAAGAUAAGGUAUUUUUUUUUUAAGCUGUAAGAUUCUGAGUUGCAAAUCCAAGUCAUGCGGCCUUAUGUAGACUUUGCUUUGCAUUGCCAAACUUUUGCCUUAAAGCUAUGUUUGAAAAAAAAAAAAACAAACAAAACAAAACCAACAAAACCACCACCAGGCAGAAUGUCCUUUCUACAGAAUUCUGGAGAAAAAGUUUUGGAACAAGGAAUAGAUUGUCAGCGUGGCAUGGGCUGAUGGAUAAAAAGGGCAUGAAAUUGGAAGAAGCAAGAAAAUCUUCUUCUUUUUAAAACCUGGAACAAGGAAGCACGGAAAUAAUCUCAGUUUCAAAGCAAUGCAAAUAACAACCCUGCUGUCGGAUGGCUCUCGAGGGGGAGCUCCCAGGCCACCUCCCUGCUUUGCAGGAGGGCUUGGAAGCUCCUGGUGCUGCUCACCCGUGGUGAUCUCAGCCUCCCGUUAGCAGUUCGACAGGGAAUAACCUCACAGCUGGAAUUGUGGCCUGGGAGUCAACACCAGUCAAGGGGGGGAUGUCCCACUGGGUUUGUCUUUAGGACACACAGAUGUUUUCCCAGCUAGCCCACAGCCUCACCUUCUCGUGGAUAAGAGCCAAGGGUUGGUGUGCCUGCUGCUGUCGGGUGAAGCUCUGCAGCCCCAUUUGCUGUGAAAUCCCGAUGACGGGGCUGUACAAAGAGCAGGGUGCCAAAAGGAUCUUCUGAAGUCACUGCAGACACACAGGUGUCAGUGAGGGCAGAUCUCACCCACCCAGCCUACCCAGCAAGAUCUGUAGUUCAGGAGCAGCCACGUCUGCAAAUAACAGGGACCCACUCCCAGCAAACACAGCAACAGCUGAGGGAAACCCUUCCUUCUGUGGUGACAAAUCCCACUGGGAUUCAUAGAUCAUUUUCUUCCCAAUGGCCUCAUGAUCUACCUGACUGUCAGGAACGAGGUGCAGGCAGGGCCACGACACUGUCCCUGUCUGUCACGGCACAAACAUCCGCUGUAGCAAAGGGUAACGCAGAAGAAGGUGCAGGCAGGGCAACACCUGAGCCCUGGGUGUGGAUCCUCAGUGAGGAAGGAGCAUUUGGAGGAGGAGGUGAAACCUGUAGCUUUUAAUAAGGACCAGAUGGCUGCUGAGAUAACCAGAUGCUGCUCUGCAGAGGAGGAUGAGGCAGAAGAGCCUUUUGAAUGGGAGGGACGGUUUGAAGGCAGAGGAAGUUCUGUGGUAGGGGUGGCAUCUGGAGGCUAGGGCACAGGAUGGGGAAUGCAGGCUCUGCCCUGCUCCAGCACAUGGCCCGAGGCAGAUUACUUCCCUCUGCAGCUCCUUCCCCCAGAAAAUAUUUCUUCCUCCUAUCAACAACUUGCCUCAAGAGCUGGGACUAAGGAGAGUUCUGCAUGCCAGGUACAAGCCUGGCCCUGCUGAGCUGGUCUGAACAGGUCUCACAACCCCACACACGCUGCUCAAAAGGCUCUCCCCUCGGAGAGGCACCAAUUAGCUGCUAUUCCUAUCCCCAUCUUCCACACGGGACGAUACCAGCAAGAAAUUCUCCUUCCUCACUUCUCCACAGCCACACCACCUCCUCUGGCAACAGGUUCAGCACCACCCCCUGCCUGGGGAAUGCACACCCAGAGGUUGUGUCCCCCACCAAGACAGCCUCAAACCAGCAAACGAGGAUCCUGGGGCUCUGCAGCCAUUCCCCUGCCUCCAGGGGAGCCCACUCUCCUCACCCACUGGCUUUCAGAGAUGCUCAGCCACGGAGCUGCUCCUUUCCAUGGGCAGAGCUCCGAGGGGGGAAGUCUGGCUUGCAAACCACUGGGCUGGAUCAAACCCAAAUCCACAAGCCAAAGGGUGCCCAAAUCUCGGCUUUGGGACUAUAAAGGAUGAAGCUAGGGAGACUUGGACUUGCACAGUCACUCUCUGUAUUAAACUCCAUUUUCUUACCUGGAUUCAGAUCCAACUAUAGCUCCACUGGCACAGCCCUUUGGGACUUGUCUGUAUUUUCUCCGAGGCAAUACACGCAGAAGAGGACAAACUGUGAGCUGUGGGUGAAUAGCUGAUCGUGCUCUCAUGCAUCUUGGCUGCUGCUGAGUCCCAUGGGUGGGAGCAGAAGGGGGAUUUGUGUCUGGUAUUCACUUUGUCUCCGGGUGCUGAGUACUUACAGUUCUCACUGAUGUCAGCCUGGGUCGAAGGAAUCGGACCCAGUUGUCUUAAUUAGCUGCACAAAGAAAUUCCAAGGAAAGAUUUCUUCUCAGUCACCAAAAACCACAUUCAGGGAACACCAACGUCCUUUUCCACUUAGCUUUGUGUUGGACUUAGUCUCCCAGUGCAUUAAGCAAAUCUGGUUCCUCUAUUCCCUCUACCUGGUGGACUGGAUACAUCCAUGCAAUUUGACAGUAACCUCCUGGCUAAGUUGUCCUGUUGCACUGAACGGACCCAGCUAAGCAGUAAAUACAAAAUUCAAAUUUCACGUUGGGGUCAGCUUUGCAUGGAAUUCUCCCUUCCCAAAGAAUGCCUUUAUCCCGUGCCUAGGUCGAAACGUGCCCCUUCAACUCAUCUGCAUCACCAGACACGGCAGAGAGAGUGAUGCUGCCUCUUUGGAGAUUUCAUGCAUUGUGAUUAAAAGUGAUGUUUUUCCAAUGCUGCUUCAUUACAGAACUGAUGGGGACAGAUUGUCUAUAACAGGAAGGAUGGCUGGAAGUAACGGGGGCUCUGAGACACCGCUGUUGCUAAGGCUGGUUAAUGGCCACGUGGUGAGAACAGGGAUUGAUUGACAGGGUUCCAGUGGGGACUUAAACGUCUGGGGACCCAGGGCAGAGUGGCAAAUGAGCAGAGGUGAAUCAAGCUCCUUCUCUGGCAGCUUUUUGCAGAACCAGGAACACACAAAGGAUACACUGGGAAGGUGUUGGGGCACUGACACGGCACGCACGGAUGAACGUGAGCGUGUCUGUGCCUCGCCCUUCCCAUCAGUGAUGCUCUCAGCUCUUUAUAGACCCAAACCCCCACAGGGGCUCAGAGUGCAGCCUGGCCAUCCUGUCACAGCCCCAUCGUGGUCCAGGGUGGGCAGAGCCCUGGCCCAGACCCUCACCUGCACCCAGGGGCUGCUGAGCACGGCCAAGGCGCCGAGCGGGUCGCGCACCUCAUGGUUCUCCAUCCCUACCCUUGACACUGGGAUGAGCGUGGGAGGAGAGGGGCAGCCCCUCGGGGAGUCAGCACAGACCCUCAGCAGCCUUGGGGAGGGGUAGAGACCUGUCGAGCCGGUGCCAGGCUGGGUCCAGCCGGGGGGAAGGCGAGGCACCGCCGUCCCUCCUGCCCUGGCUCCCGGCGCAGCAAUAAGAAUCGUCCUUGGUCUUGCAGAGAUACUGUGAAAACAAAACCAAGAUGUACUGAGUCUGGACACUUACAGAGAUGUAAAAUACGAAACCCUGCUUUUAUAACAGACAGAGAAAUAAAGUGAAAUUUUCAAACGCGUC